AUGAGUGGCGGAAGCAUUAACUAUGGCGGCCUGUCGGAGGAGGCGGCGCGCGCGGCGGGGAUAAAGGGGAAGAAGAGCACGUUCAAGGAGAAGACGUGGGUGAACCCGUCGCGCACGCUCUACAUCACCAACGUGCCGCCCGGCGCCUCCACGGAGCAGCUCGAAGGGGUGCGCAGCAUGUGCUUCGUUGACUUUGACGAGAAGCAGCAUGCUACAGCAGCCAUGUGGAAGACCAAUGGGCACAAGUUCAAGCCGCACCACGACGGGCUUCUCGUCAGCUACGACAAGGACGACGGGGAGGAGAAGGGCGGGUGGAGCAUGAGGCAACGAGUGGAGGAGCGGCAGCGCAAGGCAGAGGCAGACCUCUCCCGCGUGCUCUACCGCUGCGCCGCCUGCAACCACUUCUGCUUCAAAUUCGCGCGCCCCUUGUCAGCCCUGCCAGAGCGGCGCACGGACGGCAGCAGGGUGGUGGAGGCGGCAACGGACCUGGUCACCAUGAUGGCCGUCAAGGGCGGCCAGAAGCUGCUCAAGAGGGAGAAGGGGGUGGAGCGGCAGUUCCGGUACAACUGUGAGCUGUGUGACGCCUGCAUCGCAUACCGCCCCGUGCCCUACGAUCAGGACUGCAAAUACAUCUACCUCUUCCCCGAGGCCUUGACGGAAUCCAAGCCAGGCCAGCCGAGCCACUCCUCCCCGGCAGCAGCGGUGGCGGCAGCGGUGGCAGCGGGCGUGGCGGUGUCCCCAGCAGUGGCUCAGCUGCGGCCUGUCACUGUGGCUGCUGAUGGACUUCCCUCCAUCCUUGGCCUCCCCGGCAUGCCCCUCCCUGCCAUUGCUGAGGACUCUGCUGCCGCUGCUGCUGUGCCUGAUGGCGCUGAUGCUGCUGGUGGAGGUGGUGGUGAUGGUAGGGAUGGGCAGGGGGGUGGAGAGGGGGAGACGGUGAAGGGAGGGAAGGAGGGUGAAGAAGGCAAGGCAGGGGAGGAGGAGGUUGAUGGAAGCAGUGUCAAUGGCGAAAGCAGGCAAGAGGAGAGGAGGGCACAGGUGCGUGCGGUCCCCCUGUGUUGA